AUGGAUAUAAAGAAUGAAAAAAACAAAAGUUAUGAUUUAAAAGAUUCUUAUGAAUCAAAAACCCCUAUAGAAAAAGAAACAAAUGAAAACACAAAUGUGGACAUAUUAAAUGAAAGAUAUAUAAUUUGGAGAAAAAAUACCCCAUUUUUAUACAGUUCUCUCUUAAAAAAUAAGUUAGAUUGGCCAUCAUUAACUGUUGAAUUUUUAGGAAGUGAUAACUCUUUUAAAUCAAAAACUAACUAUUUUACUAAUAAAAUUCUUUUAGGAACUCAUACAUCUAAUCAAGAUUUCGAAUAUGUUUAUAUUGGUGAAAUAAAAUUUCCAUUAUAUUCUGUUAAGGAAGAUGUACUACAAUAUGAAAACUAUAGCGGUUUUAUAAGUAGUAAAAAAAAAAAAAAAGCAUACCCAUUACCAUCCUUUGAAAUUAAAGCAAAAUUAUUACACCCUGGAGAAGUUAUAAGAGCUACACAUUUACCAAGUAAUCCUUUUUUUAUUGUUACUCAAACAAAUAAUGGUAAUAUUCUAUUAUUUGAUUAUACAAAGCAUCCAUCUUUUCCAUCGGAUGUAUCAACAUGCUAUCCCCAAAUGAUAUUAAAAGGACAUAAAAGUGAAGGAAGUGGCUUGUGCUGGAAUAUCAACAAAGUAUAUGAUAAUUACCGAAAUCCAAAUACUUAUAAUGAAGAAAAUGAAAGUAAUAUAAAUGAAAAUAAUAGUGGUUUUGGAGAAGUUAAUCCCAGUGAUUUAUUAUUAGCAUCUUGUUCUGUUGACGGUAGUAUAUGUUUAUGGGAUAUUAACAAAGGUACAAAAUGUAAUGAUGUUCCAAGAACAUAUGGUUUAAAUAAAAGUGGAAAAAUCACAGAUUUUAAUAUAAAAACAUAUGAAAAUACUCCAACUAUAGAUCCGUUAUGCACAUGGAUCAACAAAAAUAAAGAAAUUUCGUUAAAUGAUAUUUUUUUUCAUCCUAAAUUUAAUAAUGCUCUUGGAGUGUGUGAUGAUGAUGGUUACAUGAGUUUAUAUGAUAUAAGAAAAAAAAAUUUCUUUUCAAAACCGGAAAUAAAUUUUAAAGAUCAUAAUGAGGCAAUGAAUACUUUUUCUUUUGAUAAUUUUUCAGAAUACAUUUUUUCAUGUGGAUAUAGUGAUGGAUUAAUUUCUAUUUGGGAUAUGAGAUACAAUAAGGAAUCUUUACUUAAAAUAAAUUAUCACACACAAAGUAUUAAUAGAAUUAAAUUUUGUAUGAUGUCAUCAGGUAUUUUUGGAUCUUGUUCAGACGAUGGUACUACUUGUAUUUGGGACAUAUCAAGAAAUUCAGCUAGCUACGAACAAAUAAAAAAAUCAGAAGAUGACAUUUAUAAUAGUUCCAAAAAAAUUCCUAAACAGUUGCUAUUUGUUCAUGGAGGACAUAUUGGGAGUGUCUAUGACAUGGCUUGGGCAAAUAGUAACACAUUUUUAGUGGCGACUGUUGGAGUUGAUAAUUCACUACAAGUUUGGCAUAUGAAUGAACAGUUCAUAUUUCAGUAA